CAAUCUAGCGGGAUACGGAACAGAUUGUUUGCGGGCUUGUUUGUGGCUGAACUUUUGAGUAAAGAACUAAAUCUCUGUAAAUCUCUGCGAUAAUGUUGAUCAAAGUGAAGACCCUGACCGGUAAAGAGAUCGAAAUCGACAUCGAACCGACGGACAAAGUGGACCGGAUCAAAGAACGGGUGGAAGAAAAAGAAGGCAUCCCUCCCCAGCAGCAGCGGUUGAUCUUUUCCGGCAAACAGAUGAACGAUGACAAAACUGCCCAGGACUACAAGGUUCAAGGUGGGUCUGUUCUACAUCUGGUCCUGGCAUUAAGAGGAGGAUAUCUGUGAACGCGAAAGAUGGGAAUUCGCCGCUCCGCAAUCUCGGCGCAUUCAAGUUCUGUGUCUAUUGUCGCAUUGUUUGGUUUAAUAACAUUGGUUUGGUCAUGUGUCACUGAAUAAAGGCACUACAUAAUCAAUAAAAAACGACAGCGCUGU